UUUUCGUAGGCACGGCGAAGCUCUAUAUCGUUCAUAAACGACGUAGUAGAAUCUAUCGAUUAAUGUUAAUACAAAUGUGAAUCAGUGACUGUAACUAAUGUGAUACCCAUUUAUUUCUGUUGUUUAUGAAAACCUGAAAGUAUGCUUCCUCUUCCCGCUCCCUCGCCGCAUUCCAACAGUCAGAUGCAGGAUUUUGACCAGAACGAGGACGAGUUGCAAGGAGUGAUCGGGGGCGCUGGUGUUAGCAAUGGUUUGGAGAAAAGCGCGUCUCCAACGCCCCGUCACGACAAAGCUGCGAACUCCCACAGUGCCUCGGACACUGUCGGAAAGACCACUCCAAAGUCCGUCAAACCGGACAGCGACGACGAGGACUACGAAGAUGACCGCGCGCCAGUUCGCGCAGUAAACGGGGGCAGCGGAGGAGGUUUCUGGCGGCAAACUGCGGCCACCAGGCCUUCCAGCCCUGUCGGUGGUACAUCUGUCAACGUCAUGGGCGACAAUGCCAGUGAUGCAUCUUCAAUGGUACCACCGCCACCGAGGCCCAAAAGUAAAGUAGAAAUUGCCACGAGUCGUUACGGCAAUCUAUCUUAUUGGAGAGCCAUCAGGGUUGUCUUCUACAAGAAUGGAGAUCCCUUUUUUCCAGGCGUCGAAUUUAGAUUUAAACCAGGAAGGGAUAUCGGAAGUCUGGAAGCUCUUCUCGAUAAACUUUCUUUGAGAAUGGACCUUCCAAGAGGAGCAAGAUACAUCUUCUCGAUGGAUGGAGAUCGAAAAUUUAGAUUAGAGGAACUUGAAGAUGGAGCCUCAUAUGUAGUAUCUUCUUAUAAAACCUUUAAGCCUGCGAGUUAUGGCAAAAAGAACGGAAUUUGGUACGCUGCCCCCGGUGGGCAAGGUUGGAGUAAAGCUACAAGCAGAAAAGCGUCCAUUACUGACAUUGAACCACCCACAGCUGGAACUAGUGGGAUUAAGCCCAGUUCUGGCCGAGUAAUUAGGAUAAUAAAUAACAUGGAUCACACCAUUCAGUGUAGGGUCCUCCUGAAUCUUCGAACGACUCAGCCUUUCGAAGAGGUGGUCGAGGAUCUAGGUCAAGUAUUAAAGAUAACUGGUGCCAAAAAAAUGUACACCGUAUCAGGGCAAGAAGUGAGAAGCUUUUCGCAGUUGCGAAACGAAUUCGCCGAUGUCGACACUUUUUAUAUAGGGACUGGAGUAAAUGCUGUGGUAAUGUCACCACGACGAGCGAGGUCUCGAAUUGCCCAAACGGCUUUAGUGGAAGAUAUGAGUAAACAAAGAAGAGCAAGGAGUAAAAGUAGACCAAGAGCUUUGUACGCUCCAGAAAGUGAAAUUAUAAGAAGUAACGAUUACACACUUCUAGAAGUUCUAAAAGAAGAACCAGCUCGAAUCACGAUUAGAGGACUGCGAAGGACUUUUUAUCCACCUAUCCAUCAUGCUCCAGCCGAUAACACACCACCGGACAGGAAAAUGCAAUUGGAAUGGGUUUACGGUUAUCGCGGAACUGAUUCCAGAAAAAACAUGUGGGUUCUGCCUACGGGUGAACUUCUCUAUUACGUGGCAGCAAUAGCUAUAAUGUAUGACAGAGAUGAAGAAACACAAAGACAUUAUUCUGACCACACCGAAGAUAUUAUGUGUAUGGAUUUACAUCCUUCCCGAGAAAUGGUAGCAAGUGGUCAAAGAGCAGGAAGAAGUAGGAAAACUCAAGCUCAUAUCCGGAUAUGGAGUACGGAAACACUUCAAACAUUGUACGUUUUUGGCAUGGGAGAAUUUGAAGGCGGAGUUUCGGCCGUUGCAUUUUCCCAAUUAAAUGGAGGAAGUUACGUGAUGGCUGUAGACGCCGGUAGGGAAAGCAUUUUAUCAGUUUGGCAGUGGCAAUGGGGACACUUACUCGGAAAAGUUGCGACGUUACAAGAAGAACUAACAGGAGCAGCUUUUCAUCCUUUGGAUGACAACCUACUAAUAACGCAUGGUAAAGGACAUUUGACUUUUUGGAACAGAAGGAAGGAUGGAUUCUUUGAAAGAACCGAUAUUAUCAAACCGCCAUCUCGAACCGUAAUCACUAGCCUCCAGUUUGAACAAGACGGUGAUGUUAUAACAGCAGAUAGUGAUGGGUUUAUUACCGUUUAUAGUGUUGACAGUGAUGGCGCAUAUUUUGUAAGAAUGGAAUAUGAGGCUCAUAACAAAGGAGUAAGCUCUCUGAUUAUGUUAUCCGAAGGGACGUUACUGUCUGGAGGUGAAAAAGACAGACGAAUUGCUGCAUGGGAUUCGCUGCAAAAUUACAAACGAAUUACUGAUACAAAGUUGCCUGAAUCUGCUGGAGGAAUUCGAUCCAUUUAUCCUCAAAGACCUGGAAGGAAUGAUGGAAACAUUUACGUUGGGACAACUAAAAAUAAUAUACUGGAAGGAUCUAUGCAAAGAAGGUUUAAUCAAAUAGUAUUUGGACAUAGUCGACAACUAUGGGGUUUGGCAGUACAUCCAGAUGAUGAAGUUUUCGCCACUGCUGGACACGAUAAAAUUAUUGCUCUUUGGCGAAAACACAAAUUAAUUUGGACAACUCACGUGGGAUACGAAUGCAUUUCUUUAACUUUUCAUCCAUUUGGAAUGGCUUUGGCUGCAGGCAGUACCGAAGGACAUUUGCUUAUUAUAAAUGCAGAAACAGGAACUUCCGUUGUUACAGUUAGAGUUUGUGGCUCUCCUCUUAACAGCGUUGGCUAUAACCCCUCUGGUGAUUUAAUAGCAAUUGCUUCACAAAAUGGUAGUAUCUACCUCUUUAGAGUAAGUAGAGACGGCUUUUCAUACAAAAAAUCGAACAAAAUUCGUGGAUCUCAGCCCCUAAUGCAGCUAGACUGGAGUUCAGAUAGUAAUUACCUACAAACUGUCACAGCCGAUUACGACUUAGCUUUUUGGGAUAUCAAAUCUUUAUCUCCAGAAAAAAGUCCUAUUGCCAUGAAAGAUGUAAAAUGGCACACACACAAUUCCUGUGUAGGAUAUUUGAUCUCAGGCGUCUGGAGUAAUCGAUUUUAUCCUAUGACUUCAAUAAUUAGUACGACAAAUCGUUCAGCAGCCCAUGAUCUCUUGAUUGCUGGAGAUAUGGACGGCUACCUACGACUUUUCAGAUACCCUUGUAUAAGUCCAAAAGCCGAAUAUCAGGAAGAAAAGGUUUACAGUGGACAAAUCGCUUGCGUAAGGUUUCUCUUCAAUGAUCGAAACAUCGUGACCGUUGGCGGAACCGAUGCGGGCCUUAUACUUUGGGAAUUAUUGGAAGAAUAGCAAAUAAAACCGAAAACGAUUGUAGCUGGUGAUAAUACAAAUUUUUUCGAUCUACAGUUCGAAGAAUCAGAUGAAUCGGAUUUUGAAGACGACGAUUUUAAACCCGCGUUCGAAGUAUUAAGCGUUACAUUUGAAUAAAAAAAAUAAUAGGUGCAUGAAAGUAACCAGUAUACGUAAAAAUAUUUACAGAAACAACAUAGGGAAACAUAUCUUUAAGCCAUGAAUUUAAUAAUCUCAUUUUAAUUUCUACAAUGAACAAUUCCGUUAAAAAAUAUGUAUAUUAUUCUUCAAAUAAGAACAAAUUGACUUAAGGAUCUAAAGGAUUUCUGUGAAUUAAACGAAACCUUGAAACUUAUACCUUGAUUAGUAAUGUAAUUUAUUUUAUCAACACAACACUUUUUUCAAAUCAUUAACAAGAUGAGGAUCGUUUUUGACUAAUGCUGAACUCAAUAUAAAAUUCUUCUAGAGAAGUCAUUUGUGGUUUCUUACGCUAGACUCAUAAUACUUCCACGUACAAGUAAAAUAACAAAAAAUUUUCAUAAAUCGCAAACUAAACUGAAGGAGUUUUUUGGCGGUUUAUUUUUUUAGGAUUUAUUAUUUUAUGGAAAUAAAA